UGAAUCUGUAAUCAAACUGUGUUAGCUGUAUCUUCUUUGACUGCAUACAGAAAAUAACUUUAUGCAUAUUGUGCACAGUAUUCAAUUAUUAUAGAACCACUGACAAUGGAACGUAUACCUCGAGCGUACAAUUGUUGUGGCUGUCCCAGCUCAUUCAAUUAUUGUAAGAUUCUGUACCUUAUUAGGCCACACGUGGUUACUACAGAUACGCAUACAUAAAUUUCACACGAAACAACCAGCGGGAUAGUCCAGGACAUAGAUAACGUUCAGUACGCAGAUCGAAGGUAUAAUACAAACGCAGUAAUCCAAGUCGUGGUAAUCAGAGUGGCAGUGAGAAGAAGUAAUCAGAUAUGGCGGAAGCUGCUGUUCAAGAUGCAGCAAUUGCUAGAUUUUUUUGUCAUAAGUGCAGCGUAGAAAUUCCCCGAGUACUACCAGAUUACACAUGCCCCAACUGCUAUAGUGGGUUUAUUGAGGAGUUGGAGGCUCCCCCUGACCUCACAGAUGACAGUGACACAGAAAUGGAAGAUGUGGCUCCAAUUGAGCUUUUAAACCAGCGUCUUGGAGAUGAGCUGAAUGAGAUUCUACUUGGUGUUAGUGGAGGCAAUGAUGAAAGAAGAGUGCUGCGUGGGAGAGAUCGUGAUGGGUCAGAUUCUCGCCGACCUGGAAGGUACGGCAGUAUCAUUCCAAGGCAAAGGAUUAUGAGGAACAGUUGUGUUUCCAGAGUUCCUCGAGGUAGACAGAUGGCACCAAUUGAGAAUCUGAUUCAGGAUUUCCUGGUUAACUUAACAGGUGUAGGAUGGGGCGCACUAGGUGGAGCUCGUGCUGGCAAUGCUCCAGUAUUUUUCCUGGGAAAUCCUGGAGAUUAUGCAUGGGGUCGUGAAGGCUUGGAUGCUAUUGUCACCCAACUGCUGAAUCAAAUGGAUGGUACUGGGCCACCGCCAUUGGCCAAAGAUAAGAUAAAAGAAAUUCCAGUUGUUGUAAUAACACAGGAUCAAGUUGGAAAGAGUCUACAGUGCUCAGUGUGCUGGGAAGAUUUUAGGCUUGAUGAACCAGUUCGCAAACUACCGUGUGAACAUGUCUAUCAUGAAAAUUGCAUUAUUCCGUGGCUUGAAUUGCAUGGUACGUGUCCCAUUUGCAGGAAAAGUUUAGGUGAUGAAGGAUUAGAAGAUCAUCAACCUGGCUCUGGAGGCAGUAACAUGAGUAAUGUGGGUCCAAGUCUCGCAGCUUUUUUCAGAGCAGCUAAUGACUCGGCCAACAGUCGUGCCUCUUCAACAUCUUCAUCAACCUCAUCUUCUUCAAGCUCUACAACUGGUGGUAACACUAGCAGCAGCAGUAGUCGUAGUUCACGCCCCUCAGACUUCAACAUGGAUUUAGAAUUUGAUUAGCCUUUACCAUUGACCUCUCCUCACUCCACUCUGCUGCAUCAGCUAAGGUACUGUAAAUUCAUUGUGUUGACUGAAAAAACAUUUAGCAGUUGCGCUCAAAUCAAUACCGUAUUUGUUUACUGUAUCAUAUUAAUAAUGAAAACAAAAUGUAGACUCAUAUCCACAUAACUUAUUCGUAUCUGUAUUUUGCUUUAUUUAAAACUGUAGUGCAGAUAUAUACAUAUUCAGAGUGGAACUCCUGCCAUUUGAAAUUUAAAAUGUUUGCUUUAAUUUCACAAAGCUUUGUUCCUCUUUAUACAUUACUCAGUACAGCAACAUUCUUCAGGAGCACAUAUUAAAUAGUAGAGAAAUGUGUUUGCAUCUACUUAUCUCAUUAUUCUUCCCUGCACCUGUAACUAGAAGUGUACAGUACUUCCGUUUGUGUAAAUAGAUACUAUAAUAGUAAUAUGGGGAGGUUUCUAAAAUUAUUUUAUGUGAUUAAAAACAAGAUAUUUAAAUUAUGAACAUUGUUCUUUAAAUAUGUACUGAAAAUCUCAUUUCUUCAUCCCAACUUGUUUUUAAAGAAGUAUGUAGAUUACAGACUGGGUGCAGUAUUUUCAUUCACAUUUUCAAGAAUUCCAAUCUUGGGGUAUGAAGUGUCACACAUAGAUAAUUGUAGGCAGUAGAAUAUUAGGGUGGAAAGUGUGGAUGUGUGAGGUGUUGUGUGACUUUCUAGCAGAGCAGGUGAAUGUGUUAGAAUGAAAUAAGAGUGCUGUAGUAUAGACACUUGGAAGACCAUUGCAUAUUUGAAGGAAAAUGACCAGUGUUUGUCUAUUACGUGGCUGUUUCUAAUUGAAGGUGCAAGUUACAAGUGAAGGAGCAUUUGGAAAAAUCCAGGAAUAGAGUAAUUUGUCUUUUAAGCACAUAACACUUUUUAUUGAGGCACAAAUAGACACUAGUAAUGUUGAAAACAUGGUGCUUCUUAUAGAAGGUUCCAUCACAAUAGUCUGAAUGUAAGUAGGCAAAUACUUCAUCAGUUGCACCAACACUGAAGACUGUUUAGUACAAUACAAUUUUCAACCAGUUCCAGAAUGGAAGGAUAAGUCUGGCAUGAUUGCAAAUUUUUAUCACUAUUCUGCAUCAUUAGAUAGCCAUUCUCUUGAGUAUUUAAGGUUGUAGUUGAAAGGCAAAAAAAGUGUAUGCCAAAAAUUAUAGCAAUUAAAAAUCUGUUUACUUAUAAUUGUGUGUGCCACAUAUUCUGUAACUUCAUGAGCUAUGUAUUUUAUGAACUGUAAUAUUAUAAUUCAGUUGGGUAAUACAGUUAAUAUCUUGACAGGAUAUGUUUUUCAGACUAUUACAAGUGGUAAAUUAUUUUAAAAUGUUUGUUAACCCAAGUCAGAAAUUAUUCUUAUACUGUUGAAAGAAAUUUGUGUGAAAGGAAGUGCUUUGUGUAUUAGUGUGUUAGUAAUAUAUAGAGCACUUUUUAUGUUAUUGAUAAAGAAUGAGCAUACAUGCAUUAUCACAUUUUCUGGGUAACUCAGUUUUAUUUUAGAGCUGAUAAGGCCAUCUGUAUAAAUCCAUGUUUAUUCAACAUUAUACAUUAUACUGUCUCACAGAUUUGAGAUUAUAUUCUGUACUUGUAAUCAUAAAUAAAAAGUCAGUAAUUAUAAUAUAA